AUGUCUAACAUGGGUUCGACUGCACAUAAUCAGUCGGCGCCUGGCUUCGGCCAGGCAUACGACCCUUUCGCUGAUCUCGGAGGCGACCACGACGCCACCGACGAAGCACUUGACUUUGAAGAUACAUACGACGGUCUUGGGGACCAGCUAGAUGAGACUGAUGACGCUUUCAACGAUGACACCUUUGGUGAUACCGGAGCGGACGGCUCUGUUGGCAAGGAUUUCGACUUCUUUGGUGCCACUGCCAAAAUCACCAAUGCCAUGGAAGAAGAGCAUCAGCGCUUCAGCCUCCAUCAGCAAACUUCACGAGCUCCGCGCACACAGGCUAGGCAAGACUACAAUACUGGCUACGCCUACCAGCCUGCGCCGCCUGCCUCAAAACCUUCUCGGACCGGAUAUGAAAAGUAUAAGGAGGAGCCGACUGAACUUCAAAUAGACGCCUCGAUAUGGGGAGUUGCUCCUAAGAAACCCGUAACUCCGGCAGCUAUGUCUCAGCCUCCACCAGGGCGGAAGAUGAUGAGCUUGGAAGAGGUCGAAGCAGCGAUGCGGGCUGGAGCGAAACAAACCACUCCAGUACCACCCGUGUCGCAACCUCAAUCUCAACCUCAGCUUCAAUACCAUGCUCAAGAGAUUCAGACAGCUGCGGAACCCGCCGUUUAUUCCCAUCAACCUGCGCUUGAUCCUAUUCGUCAGCCAAUCAAUGGCCGGCACCAGCGAGGUUUCCAGAGCAGCGAAUUUCAGCAGCCAGCCCCGGGCGUCACUCAUGGGCAUCCUAUUACGAUAUUGCAGCGACCUCCAAGGCAGAGUCCAUCAGCUCCUGCACCACCCUUGCCAAACCCUAUAUCUCAAACGCAGCAGGCAUCUUCAAUUGCCCCAACGCAGAUUCUACAAAAUCCGAAUCGUUUGUCUGCCGAUUCUGGUAGGGUGCCAGUCCCCAUGCAUCCAUCCCAUAAGGCCCAAAACUCGAUUCCACGAGGACUCCCACAGCCUCAGCUUUCCGAUUUGUCUGAGCGGGAGAAAGCUGCUUUUGUAGAGGCUGAGGCGCGGCGUGCUAAGCGUAAUCAUAAGAUUCACCUUAUGUCCGGCAAUAACGGUCUCAUGACCCCUCAAGAUAAAAGCUUCAUUACGAGGAUCCAGCUCCAACAAUUGGUGUCUGCUACAGGAGAUCCGAGCGAACAGGGCAACGAGGCCGCUCUAGCUGAGGACUUCUACUACCAGGUUCUGAGCUCUCUAAGAGCUGGGCAACGACCUAAUCCUAACCAGCCGCUCAACAAUUUCGCACAGACAUAUCUAUUCCAGACUGGUACCCGUCGAGGUGGGCCGAGACAACAUGGCCCUCAAAAUCACGUACAACGCAUGGAGCAACAGGUACAACGUGCUGUUGAGGCUGCAAAAAAUAAGCCCAAGAAUAAGCAGCUGGUAAUUGAAGGCAGCCUAGGGAAGAUUUCUUUUAGUAAUGCCAAAACGCCGAAGCCUCUGCUGAAUAUCAAGCGAACGGAAAGUGCACCAGACACCAACCGACCAGCCAGCAGCCAACGAACACAGCACCCUAGCAAAGGCCAUGAGAAGAAGGACACGCUUCGCGAUAUCGAAAACGUUUAUCUUACGCUCAUGAAAAUGGAAGAUCUCACUCGUAGUAUGCCACCAUCCACCGGGCCGACUGAUCAAAGCAUUGCCGAUAAGCAGGACGAGUUUAAUCAGUUAAAUGACCAGCUAUGGAACUAUCUUAGGGUUCACGAACCUAUUAGCAGUACAUCAGUGCAUCCUUUCAUUAGUUUUAUAUCGUAUCCGAAGGGCAAGAGAGCCGUCCCUCGCGUCUUCCGCUACCUUACCCACACCCAACGUACCACAAUCUUGACUAUGAUUGUCAUCCAUCUUGAUCAGCUUGAUGUUGUUCGAGGUGCCCAGGUGCAAACCGGAGAGCCGAUUUCCCUCGACGCCGCCACCAGGGAGCGCAUAGAGCUAUUCUCCUUGGCUGUUAUGCCAAGUUUAUUCCAGCUUUUAAACGAAUCCGAUCUUGAUAUCGUUACUGGUGUUCUGGGAUUGAUCACACAAAACCUGAAUGUGGAUCUAGUUGCACGGACUCGUAUUGGCGUGUCAAUGCUGACCAUGAUCCUAAGUCGCGCGGAACUCAUCAAACAAGCAGGUCAAGCAAACGAACAAAGCUGGCAACAGUGGGUCGCUACGUUCAAUCUCUUCUUCAACACGCUAGAACCUACGCUCCAUAACAUUUUCCCAGGUACCGUGACUUCUGGCGAGGAUAUCUAUGUUUGGCAAUUUCUUGCUGCAAUAGGUAUAGGUGCUAGUCCAGAUGAACAGCAACGACUCGUUUUCGCCGUAAAAGAUCGCGUUAUGGGCACCGUUGGUUUAGCUAAAACCCUCCCUCCCGACAUGGCGAAGGAACGUCUCGAUAACGUCAAUCUCUUCAUGCGCUCCAUAGGCCUUGAUGUUGAAUUAUUGAACUAA